AUGGAGCAACUACUGGGAGUAAAAAUUGGCUGCCUCUUCGCCCUGCUGGUUCUCACUCUGGUCUGUGGCCUUACUCCCAUCUGCUUCAAAUGGUUCCAGAUUGAUGCAGCCACAGGUCGUCACCGCCGGGUCCUCAGCUUCCUGGGCUGCACUUCUGCAGGUGUUUUCCUGGGAGCGGGGUUCAUGCACAUGACUGCUGAUGCCCUGGAGGGAAUUGAAUCAGAGAUCCAGAAGUUUAUGAUGCAGAACAGGACAGAAAUGGAGGGAAGUGAUUCAGCACAGAUGGAAUACCCCUAUGGAGAGCUCAUCAUCUCCCUGGGCUUCUUCUUCGUCUUCCUUUUGGAGUCACUGGCAUUGCAGUGCUAUCCUGGGACUGCUGAAGGAGUCACAGUGCAGGAGGAGUGGGGCGAGGCUCCUGUCCUUGGACUCCACAGCCAUGGGCCUCUCCCCUCCCUCUCAAAGGGCCCCCUGCGAGCCCUGGUCCUCUUGCUCUCCCUCUCCUUCCACUCAGUGUUUGAAGGUCUGGCUGUAGGGCUGCAGCCAACAGUAGCAGCUACUGUGCAGCUCUGUCUUGCUGUCCUGGCUCACAAGGGGCUCAUAGUGUUUGGUGUAGGACUGCGGCUCGUGCAGAUAGGCACUGGAUCGCGAUGGGCCACACUGUCCAUCCUGUCAUUGGCUCUCAUGUCCCCCCUGGGCCUGGUCCUGGGGCUGGCUAUGACUCAGGGGGACUCUAAAGGGGGACGAGGCUUAGCCCAGGCUGUGUUAGAAGGUGUGGCAGCUGGCACCUUUCUGUAUGUUACCUUCUUAGAAAUCCUACCCCGGGACCUAGUCGGCCCUGAGGCCCCUCUGGCCAAGUGGGGCUGUGUAGCCGCUGGUUUUGCCUUCAUGGCCCUUAUUGCCUUAUGGGCCUGAGAGAUUCCUGACUCUUCUGAUGGACCUAUCUACAAUGGCCUUCCUACCCCUGGGAGACACUUCCCAGAUGGCUUUGGCCCUCAGAUAUUUCUCCACGGAGACAGUGACAUUCACUAGGCAUUGUCCACAUGACAAUUGUCCACAUGACCCCAGCUUUUUCCUACAUGAGAACCCAUUUCUCUGAGAAAAAGAUGUUUAAGUUAGUGCUUAAAAAUUGGAGAAUUGAUAUAAAGACUAUCACUCUAGAUUUGACUCUUGUCCCAUUUUUGCUACUGUGAAUAAUACAGUUUUUUAAAUGUUUUAUUUAUUUUUGAGAGAGAGAUAGAGACAGCAUGAG